UAGUAAGUUAUCAGAGGAAGACCUAAAGACUGAACGGCUCUUUAAAAGAUCAGAUUGCGAAGUUCCAUCGUUAGUUGGUAAUGGCUGAUAGCCGUUGUUUCUCGACAAACGCAUGAAAAUUCCUGGGGAGCGCCAAGUCAGGCUCGCCUUGGCAUGUCAAAAUGAAAAAUUCCAAAGGAAACCAGUCCAACUGUAUUUUUCGGCUGGCCCAACCUCCAUGCAACGAAUUCAACCGGUGAAGAGGGUCAUUGAAACUAGACCGGUGCGCGGUAUGCGCGAUCGGUUUGGGGUGGAUGCUCUUAAAUAUAACCACGUAUGCGCUAUCGCACAAUCGGUAGCCAACCUUUAUGGAUUCCAACCCGUAGCAACACCAAUCCUAGAACAUGCUAGCGUGUUUGAACGCACGUUAGGCGAAGAUUCAGACAUUAUUGGCAAAGAGUUGUAUACGUUCAAGGACAAGAGCGGUGACCAAUUGACCAUGCGCCCUGAAGGAACGGCUGGUGCUGCGCGGGCGUUGUUGAGCAACAACUUGACAAAUAGCUUACCCGUUAAGUGGUAUUAUCAUGGGCCAAUGUUCAGGCACGAACGUCCGCAAAAGGGCCGAUUCAGACAAUUCGAACAAAUCGGUGUAGAAUAUUUUGGCAGCAGGAAUGUUUCAUCCGAUGUAGAGACAAUCGCCAUGGCUGCCACAUUUCUGAAGAAGCUGAGUCUCUACGACAAGGUUGAACUCAACCUGAAUACGCUAGGAGACUCUGAAUCCCGAGCAAAUUACCGGUCCGUCUUGACCGAGUUCUUAACAAGUCAUAAACAAAGCCUGAGCGAGGAUAGUGUUCGCAGGCUAUCGACAAAUCCACUUCGGGUACUGGAUUCGAAACACCCUGACGAUGCGCCGAUCGUCGCCCAAUCACCUCGACUAUCAGAGUAUCUUUCAGCACCAUCGCGGGAUCGAUUCGAACAGCUUUUAGAAAAUCUGACUAGCCUUGGUAUAGCGUACACGCUUAAUUCUAACCUUGUACGAGGAUUAGAUUACUAUCAAGAUACUGUCUUUGAGUUUAUAUAUCGAGGUGCCAAUAAUGACGAUACCGAUAGCCUCGGUGCGCAACAAGGAACUGUUUUAGCGGGCGGUCGAUAUGAUGGUCUGGUCAAGCUCAUGAGUGGUGGCAAAACGGAUGUACCUGGCAUAGGAUGGGCUGCAGGCAUAGAUAGACUUACGAUGUUGCUGGAAAACAAAGGCUUUGAGCAUAGCCAACGACCGGUGGUCAUCAUCACUAUUACCGAAGACGACACAGACUUCAACCGACGCCUAGAUCAGCGGGCUUUGCAGUUGGCGCAUAAAUUCAGGACCGAGCUCCUUAUACCUACUGUUAUUCAGCAUAGAGAGGAAGGAGCACAGAGCCAACGGGUCGAUAAAUUAUUGACAAAAGUGUUGAAAACCUUACCAGGGGCACGUUACGUCGUCUUCUUGGGUCGUCAGGAGCUUGAAGAUAGCAGCGACCUCAUCAAUUAUCGAGAUCUUACGCAAAGAACGCAAGCCACUGUACCAUUAAGUAGCAUUGCAUCUAGUUUUAAAUCACACUCACAGGAUAGCGCAUAAAUUCAGCCAUAUAGACGUGGUUUGUACUUUAAACUGUUUAGAAUAAUGGAAAAAGGAGAAAUAGAUAUUACAAAAGUUA